CUCUGUCCGUGGCUUUAUACGUGCAUGCAAUCCCCGAGUUGACCCAGAAUCUUAAACUCUUCUGCCACUAUUGAGUCUAUGCGCUAAAACGAAGCACCAGCUGUACCAAGCAACCGGUAACGAGACAACUUUGGACAUCGCUUUUACAUCCAAAUAUAAGUCAUGGCUGACCACAUGAUGAUGCCCAUGGCCCACGGCUUCCGGAUGGGCAUGAAUGGACCCCCCCAGCACAACGGCCAACCCGGCAUGCGCAACCUCCCCAACGGGCAGAUGAUGCACUACCGUGGCCCCCAGAACAGCAUGGAGGCUGCGAUGCGCCAGAGACAGGGCAUGGUAGGACCUGGCAUGAACGUUCCCAUGGCUAACCACCACCCCCACCACCAGAUGAUGUCCGGGAAUAUGAUGUACAACAACCAAGGACCACCCCAGCACCCACAUCACAUGCACCCCCAGGCUCAACCGCAGCAACCAGGUGGACCCCAGCAGCAGCAGUACCACCCUGGAAACCUUACCUCCCAACAGCUUAUGGCUAGCAUGCACCUUCAGAAACUCAACACCCAAUACCAUGGACACCCACUCAACUCAGCGAAUGGGCACCAUCUUGCCAACGGGGGGCAGUACCGCAUGGGGCACAACCAACUGCCAGGGAUCCAGCACAUUGGCGGGAAUAUGGGUUUCAACGGCACGGACAUGGACUUGAUCGAUGAAGAGGUCUUGACGUCUCUGGUUCUCGAACUCGGGUUGGAUCGCGUCCAGGAGUUGCCGGAGCUUUUCCUGGGACAGAAUGAAUUUGAUUUCUUUUCGGACUUUGUUUGCAAGCAGCAGCCCAGCACGGUUAGCUGUUGAGGGCGCACUGGACAUUUGGAUGGCUGGUUGUAACCUUCCAAAGAUGGACCGUAGUAGCACAGCAAGACGAGACAAUCCCCCUGUGAUGUUUUGGGUGUUCUGUGUCUCUGUAUUUGACUGUCUUUUGGGUCAAAUGAAAAACGUGCACAAUAAUUGAUCUUGUGCCAUGUUUUUAGCCAAACCGUGAAGCAGGCGACUGGCCCUUAGUGUGCCUCAACUGCCAAAGCUAAGGGCAAAGUUUAAGCUGGAAAGACAACAGGAAAAUCAACCUAAAAAGACUUUGAGGUGUAUUGAAAUGUAUUUUAGUCACCAAGUAGCAGACUUUAUAUGGAUUGAUUUAUAAAAUGGUAGCCCUCAGAAUCUGUCUCUGCAAAGAGGUUUGUUUUUUCUCAAAUGUGUAUAUUGAAGGCUGGUUCUUCAAAAAGUGAUAAAAUUCUUAAAAGGGAGCAAUUUCCAUGAAAAAGAGGUGUGCAGCAUUCCUGGGUGACAGGGUUUCUCGUCUGUGGGUGAGGUGUUGAUGAUUUAGCGUUCAAUGUCAUGUACCUGCCUUCAUCUACUGUACCACAUCUGCUCCCUGCUAAUUAACUGGAACAGUGCAGUGUGGGACUUAGCCAAGUGUUCACAGAGAGCUAGCAGCUUAUAGCAGAAUGCUCUUUUUAAACAGACUUAAGAAUAAAGAAGGCUACGUCCACACUAAUGCUUUCUGUUUUCACCAGUAAUGUUGUUGCCUUAUACAGCCUGUUUUACUGCCUUUAGAUUCAGGUGCACUUACACUGAAAAAGUGCACACAGUUUCUUUGUAAGGAAUGGGUCCAUGGUGUGCUUACGGCCUUACAUGUGCAUCAGCAUGGACUGCUCAAACACUGUGUUUAUUGGUUUAGGCAAAUCUACUUGCUACUGUAUUUUUGAGCAGGGGUCGAAAUUACCCUUUUACUGUAUGGGUAUAAAUGCGUUACUUACCCCAUUCUGAUCAUGAUAUGCUGUUUGUUAUUUAUUGAAUGAAUAAAAGUGGUUGUAGAAUGAAAAUCA